GGCCAGGACGUGGCAUCUGACAGCAGAAGAAGCGGCUGCACCCAGUCUGGUGGUGUGGUUAUAAUAAACAGAUUAGGGACAUCGGGGAAGAAGUCUCCGGUACCUGGGGAUUGUUCUUGUGGUUCAAUUGUUUAUUUAUUGUUUUUCCGCUUUUCUGUGGAGUGAGUCUGUAAGCAAACAUGGGGCUCACCAUCUCGUCGCUAUUCUCAAAGCUCUUCGGCAAAAAGCAGAUGAGAAUACUUAUGGUUGGCUUGGAUGCUGCCGGGAAAACAACAAUUCUUUACAAACUAAAGCUUGGAGAAAUCGUAACCACUAUUCCAACUAUCGGUUUUAAUGUUGAGACGGUGGAGUAUAAGAACAUCUGUUUCACGGUGUGGGACGUCGGCGGCCAGGACAAGAUCCGACCCCUGUGGAGGCACUACUUCCAGAAUACACAGGGUCUCAUCUUCGUAGUGGACAGUAACGACAGGGAACGAGUAGCAGAAUCAGCAGAGGAGCUCGCAAAAAUGCUCCAGGAGGAUGAGUUGCGGGAGGCGGUGCUAUUGGUGUUUGCUAACAAGCAGGACCUGCCCAACGCCAUGGCCGUCAGCGACCUCACAGACAAACUGGGACUACAGAGCCUACGCAGCAGAACUUGGCAUGUCCAGGCUACGUGUGCGACCCAGGGCACAGGGCUGUACGAGGGGCUGGACUGGCUCUCCAACGAACUCUCCAAACGCUAACCAACAUGGAGGACGAGAGAAGAACAGAGGAAGAGGAGAGGAAGAGAGGAGAGGAGAAGAGAAGGAGAAGAGAAGAGGAGGAGAGGAGAGGAGAAGAGGGACCAGAGAGAGAGCGCAGAUGGGAGGACGGCAAGAGUGAGAGAAGAGUGGAGGAGGAGGAAGAAGACGAGGAGUUUCUGACGUGGCGAUACCUUUUUAAAAUAUAUCAGUGUGUCUGUCUGGUAGAACUUGAAGUCUAUGGACAUUUUGCAAUCAGUUUUUCUUUUUUUCUGAUCUGAAACUUUUGUUUGUUUGUUAGUGUCUGUUUUUUGUUUUGUUUUUCUGUUGGAGUUUGUUUUCAUUUCAUUGUUAAUGUCCUGUUUGUUCUACCUCCUUUUAUUGCCCCAUACACGUGUCAACUAGGGUUGCCAACUGUCUGUGAAAAAAAAACAAAAAACAAAAAAAACCUGGAGACUUCCGGGAAAAUAUGAGACACUUAAUUGUCGCAGGGGGUCUGUGGUCCUUGUGUCCUCUUUCAGCUCAACACGGAACCGUAUUUUUCUUUCUAAAUAUGUAUGAUUCCGUAUUUCAAGGAACGGUCGGCAACCCUAGUGUGUCAGCCCCUCCCCCCCUUUCCACUGGUGUUUUCAUAGAGUUGUAUUCACAUUCCUUUCAAACCCAAUCCCCCACCGCCACGCCACAUCCCUACACACACACACCACAGCUGGACAACCAGAGGAUGUUUUUAAUAAACUUGCAUGUUUCUACGACGAUAUUACAAAAAUAAAAUUCAGCUGAAUCAUGCCGUGAGGAGUAAGAAUCGCGGCACAGUACAGCACAGCGCGGCGCAGCACAGCCGUGUGUAAUUAUGAAUGGAAACCCAGAAGGGAAUGCUGGAGGUCUGAAGGGUGGGACUGACUCAUUCCAGAAUUCCAGAGUUUUUUUCAAAAUUGCAGAGUUUCACAAUUACUUCAUGGAACAGAAUAUAACUGGGGAGUAUUCCAAGAACAUGAUUAAGUGAAAGACCUGGCUAAGUUUAACCUACAGGAAGUGAUAAACCUGUUAAUAGAUAGCCUGCAGUCACCCUUCAAUCAAGAAAACAAGGACUCCAGGCUCUUCUAUUAGAUGAUUUACCACUACCUCAAGGUUAAUCGAACCAGGAGGAUCCCAUUUCUAGAAAGCAUCGUUGCCAACUAGUUAGCAACUUAGUAAUGUUGUCAAUGGGAAAUUGCAUUGCAACUAAGUAAGUUGCUAACUUGGUUAGCAAUGACUCUGUAGAGAAACACACCCCUAUUUUACUAUUGGACCAGAUUCUUGGAAUACUUCCCUGAACGGAAGGGCAGGGAAGCAGAGUCCAAGUCAGCAGGGUCAAAACAUAAAGUCCAUGUAUGGUAAGGAAAUAACCGCACACAGAUGAGCACCCUUUGUAAUACAUCUCUAUUCCCGUGACGUUUUGGGCCACCACCGCCCCCAAAACGUCAUGGGAAUAAAGAUGGUUUAUAAGGGAGCUCAUUGGUGUGCGUUUCUUUCCUUACCUGAAGGGAAUUGAAGCAGGCCAGUGCCAGAGCUGUCCCUGCAGUAUGUGAUGUGACGUGACGUGGCGUGAGGCCAGGGCCUCCUCUUCAUGUGCUGUACUGUAUUUAAUGAUGUAUACACCAGGCCAUUACGAUGCAAUAAAGACGACCAUUUUUUUUCUCAACUU